UUAUAAUCCAUCCACGUGGGGCAAUCACUUGUAAGAACGCAACGCGUCUUCAUCCUACUUUCUACGUUUCUACAUUUCGCACCUCCCCCGCACUUGCGCACGACCCGGUUCAUCUCUGCUCGCACCGACCGGGAUUUCUGCGUUUUAUAAUCGCCGACGGACCACCGCGAACCCGCCACAGUCCACCAAGCCACCGUGAACCGAUUAUAACCCUCAAAAACCACGAUGUCGGUUUCCCCGUCUUCAACACCUUCGCCGCUCUGUUCGCCCUCCGAACCACUCCGUCCAACCCGAGUUCUGCUUUUACUCUCAACCCAAAACGCACCGCUCUCCGAACCGCCGGUCGGCGUGCCCGCCGCUGCCACAAUUCGCGCAAAUAUCGGGCACGUCCUCGCCAAAGCGCGCUCGGUGCCCCCCGCCCAGCGCCCGCGCAUCAUCCACGUCCGCAACAACGGCGACGCGGGCGAUCCCGACGAGCCGCACACGCGCGGGUGGCAGCUGCACUUCCCGCCCGCCGAGGACGAGUUCGUCGUCGACAAGAGCAAGAACAACGCCUUUGCCGGCACGCGCCUCGCGCAGCUCGUGCCCAAGGACGCCGAGAUCGUCGUCGUCGGGAUGCAGUCGGAUUUCUGCGUGCGCGCGACGUGCUCGGCCGCGCUCGGGAGGGGGAACGAGGUGCUGCUCAUCCGCGGCGCGCACGGGACGUAUGACCGCUUGGAGGUGUUUGCGGGGGGAGGCAUCACGCCCGCGAGCAAGAUUGAGGCGGAGAUCGAGGCAGAGCUCGAGGAGGCCGGCGUCGUUGUCCUGCAAAUGGAGGAUGUGCCGGGAAUUUUUACCGAUCGGUAGGGGGGCGUGGAUAGUCCUGCCUUGGUUGGUUUAGGUAAUAUAUUUUGGGGGUUUCCUUCCGUCUGCCGUUAUUCAUUUGGACGUUCAUCAUACGUUUACGCACCAUUGUUUUGCAUCAAUAUACAAUGUAGAGUUGUAUCGAUAGGGUUGGUUUUGGGUUCGAUUUUUAUGUGGGGCCGCAUAGGCAUUACUGUUACUUUGCCUGCAUACACGACUUAUUCUCAUUAUUGACUCGUGCUGAGUGUCGUUGAUGGUCUCAUUGUUGGAUUUCAGACUUGCAUGUAAGAUCUUCCCUG